AUGACAAUCUACUCCUUCUACAUAUUCGACCGACACUGCGAGUGUAUCUACAUUAAACAAUGGCACCAACAGGAUAAGUUUCGGCCUACGUCUUCUGCUGGCCCUUCAGGGACAGACUCGCCAGCUUCUCUCACGGGGGAUGGCAAGCGUUCAUCUGCUGGCUCUACCCUGUUGCGCAGCAACGAUACGAACCCAAGCCGGCCCGGUGGACGGCUAAGCGUCCAGGAUGAUGCGAAAUUGAUAUUUGGAGUCGUAUUCUCGCUACGGAAUAUGGUGCGGAAGCUCUCAGGACCUGAGGAUUCUUUUAUAUCAUAUCGAACGGGCGCCUACAAGCUUCAUUACUAUGAAACACCAACAAACCUCAAGUUCGUAUUGCUGACAGACGUGAAGAUGAACAACCUUCGGGUCGUGUUGCAUCAGAUAUACGUGAAUCUUUACGUUGAAUUCGUUGUCAAGAACCCUCUUUCUCCGGUUGAACAUCAUGGCGGAGAAGGUGUUGCUGUGGAACUUUUCGAGAUGGGGUUAGACGGAUUUAUUAGAACCAUACAGGAUUAA